AUGUCGUUCUUUUCACGGAAGCGACAGACCAGCCAGACGCCUGCAGUUGCUCCUGCUCCCCAGAAUACUCCCGUCUCACUUCAAGGCUCACAAAGGGCAGACGUCCCGGGCCCAUCUGAAGCAUUAAAGCUGCAGCAGCAACUGCAACGGGAGAGGGAGCAGGCACGCUUAGCUCGCGAAGAAGUCCGGGCUGCUGUACAACAAUCACAAUCGAACCAUGCGGACUCAACCCGUGCGCAAUUAUCCACUUCACCCUCCAACGCGCCUGCACAGCAACCCCGUCCCCAAGUUUAUCCGUGGUCUGCGCGACAACUCCAACUAAACCCUCCUCUCAUUAUCCCUAGACCGGGAAUGGUCCAACCAACAUCGGCUUCCCCUUCUCCCUUCCCUCGAUAUGGUCAUUCCCUGCCCCCAGUGGCGAGUGGUUCAGGGGAAUUGUACAUAUUCGGUGGUCUCGUGAAGGAGUCAGUCAGAAAUGAUCUGUAUUCAUUUUCCACAGUGAAUGCCGCUGCUAGCCUGAUACAAACUUUUGGGGACAUUCCUCCGCCACGAGUCGGGCACGCCAGUGCCAUUGUCAGUAGUGUCCUCAUCAUCUGGGGUGGUGAUACAAAGACGAAUGAGAAUGAUAAGCAAGAUAAUGCAUUGUAUCUCCUGAACCUUGGUAUGUCUUUUGCUUCAGAAUAUCUGAAGCCAAAGGGAUUCAUUGCCGCUUCGGGCUCAGGGACACGAGAAUGGACACGAGUUCUGCCACAAGGUACUGCACCAACGGGACGCUAUGGUCAUGCUGUCACUAUGUGUGGGACGAAGUUCUUCGUCUAUGGUGGCCAGGUCGACGGUGAAUUCCUAGAUGAUUUAUGGGCUUUUGAUUUAGGCUCUCUUAAGAGAGGCCAGCCGUUGUGGGAGAACUUAUCAGUUAGAGGAGCUCAUGCGCCGGCUCGACGAACUGGGCACAUAAUGGUGACUUAUGGUGACAAAUUAUACCUAUUUGGGGGGACGGAUGGCCAAUACCAUUAUAAUGACACCUGGUGCUAUGAUACCUUAACCGGGACAUGGGCGGACCUGACUUGUAUAGGAUUCAUCCCUCUGCCUCGAGAAGGUCAUGCUGCCGCUCUCGUGGAUGACGUGAUGUACGUUUUCGGUGGAAGGGGUGUGGAUGGUACGGAUCUGGGAGACUUGGCAGCAUUUAAGAUAUCCAACCAGAGAUGGUAUAUGUUCCAGAACAUGGGCCCAGGGCCAAGUGGACGUUCUGGUCAUGCCAUGGCGUCUGCGGGACCUCGUGUCUUUGUCCUUGGCGGAGAGUCCUCCACAGUGCCAAACCCGGAUGAUCCAAGUUUUGUACACAUACUAGAUACAAAACAUAUCCGUUAUCCCGAUUCCUCUCAGCGUCCAUCCAACUCUAACCCGCAAAAUGGAAGGAAGUCUGUCACCUCCCCAACGGGCCAGCCUCCGCAACAGAAUGGGACACAGAGGGCUGUGUCUCCACGGCAAGAGGGCGCAACUGCGGAGGAGAUCCGCCGGAAUUUGGCCGCGUCGCCUACCCAAGGAAUCCGACAGCAAAACGGGGUCCUUGCGCAAUCUCAGGUGAUGCAACCGUUCCCCACGAGUUCGUCCGGAGCAGAACCAGCAAACGGGACACGAAUACGUAGCCCCGCGCAGGCAUAUCCAACACGCCCCCGUCGCGAAGAUGAUGCAGAGUCUGGUUUAGUGGAGCGAAGUGAUGAUGAUGGGCUCGGGAGCUCAUCAAAGGAAGGUCCACGGUCGCGUGAGGGUGCACUUUCGCCUGAACAGUCGGCUCCGUCCAAAUCGAAGAAUGCUCGAAGUCCUACACCCACUAACACUAAUACUCGCGCGGCAUCUCCAACAAGUGGGCCACAGUCGACAAGCUCAACGCUUGGCGGGUUGUCGAAUCGUCUCGCAGCGCGCAGUCCCUCACCUGUUGUUUCCACGUCACCUCCGCCCGAUGCAUUCCGUCCGCGCGGCUCAGUACAUCCUGCAAGCCGAGCAGGAAAUCAUACCCCCAACGGAUCGAUCAAUGGUGUCAUAAAUGCCGACGCUGUUAGAGAAUUGCGGUCAAAGAAUAGUGAAAUUGAAGUGCUGAAGAGAAGAGAGGCUUGGAUGAGGUCUGCAUUGACAAAAGCUGCGAAUCAGGGCUUUGUAUGGCCUGAUAGUGAUAUUACGGAGUCGCUCGGACCAUCUACUCUUGUCAAUGAGGACAUCGAUCGUCAGACAGUGAUUGAUAUGGUCUUCGCGCUUAAGAAAGAGCAUGCAGACAUUCAGAACGACCUCGCGAUGCAAGCGCGAGCUUUGUCGGAGAAAUUUGCAGAGGCGGAGCGCAUCAAGAGCAUCGCAGUGCAAGAAGCCGCUUUUUAUCGUGCUAAGCUCGCUGCGCACGACUCGAGGUCUUCCACUGACCUCUCGCGCCUUGAUAAAGAGCGUACCUUGAGUCUGGAGCGACAGCUUGCCUACGCCAAGAAUGACCGUGACGUACUUCAGCGGAAGAUUGACAACCUGACCGAAGCGUUGCAGACCCAGACGCAACUUAGGGAGCAGGCAGACGAACAGAGGACUCUCGCCACUCAAAAUGCCGAUAGGAUCGAAUCACUUUAUUCCGAACUUGUCCGUGAUCACUCCGAGCUUCAAAGGAAGCACGAUUCAGCAUCCGUAACGCUUCGAGAUCAUGCCAGUAACCUCGCUUCUCUGAGUUCUUUGUCACAGCAGCACGAGGCAGAAAGAACUCGUUCCCAAUCCCAGAUCACCGCGCUAACUGAAUCCAGAGAUCAACACCUUCGUACUCUCGAGCAGAUGCAGGUGGCCCUCACAGCGGCUGCGUCGCGUGGACAAGAAGCGGAGAUCCAACUGCAGCAGACAUGGGAUCGCAUUGCUCAGCUCGAAUCAGAGCAAGAGGAACUGCGGAAUGAGGCUAAGGCAAAGUCCCUCGAGGCCGAGGCUGCGUCUGCUCGUUUGUUGGAGACAGAGGACGCCUGGGCCAAGGCACGAGAGGAGGCAGACUCUCUCCGUGCUUUAACGACCGGUCAACUUGGCCAGCUCCUUGAUUUACACAAGGACCUGAAAGCAGAUGAGGACCGAGCUGUUCAGCCACAUUUAGACAAGAUUACUGCUCUUGAGCAGGAGGUCUCCAAGCUUCGAAAUCUGCUCAAAGAUUUCGAACAGAAGAAUGGGGAAACACAGGUUGAAAUAGAAGACCAUAGACGCAAGCACCGUGAGCUUACAGCCGAGCAGCUGACGCUUCGUUCGCAGUUGGCAGGCGUGAGAGGCCAGCUAGCCGAUCAUAUUGGCCGUUCGAGCGAGGCUCAGAAGGCGCUUGCUGAACGAGAUGCUCGGCUAGAUCAAGCCGCGCGGGGAGCUACAGAACUGGAAAUACAGUUAUCAACUCUGCGGCAACACCUUGCAGAGAAUGAUAUCAACGUCGAUAUUGAAGAAUUGAUGGCGGAGCGGGUCAGUGGCCAACCAACUAUCACCAGCGCUCAGCUCCGGGGUUUAACGAAGGAGCUCGAGGAUAAGUCGCGUCGGCUUGAAGAGAGUGAUCGAGCACUUCAAGCGGCUGAAGCAGCUCGUCGUGUUGCUGAGGACAAGCUGUUGGAGGGGUCAAUCCCUUUAUCAUCCGCCACUGCCCGUGCCGAAGCAGCAGAAAAGCAGCUUGCCGAGGCUGAACAAGCUCACAAGGAACGGCUCCAGCAGAUGGAGUCUGACUAUCAAACAGCUGUUCAUUAUGUCAACAAAACCGAGAAGAUAUGCCGGAAGAUGCGGGAAGAACAGACGCGACAGAAAAAUCUGAAUGACUCGCUACAGGCUGAAUUGGAUGCUCUUCGACCUUCGUCAGAAUCGUCUUCUCGCACCCGUGUGGUCAACGGGCGAAUCACCCCGCUAUCCGACGAAGGACACGAGAACACGCUUAAAAACCAGCUGGCGGAAGCACACCGUCGUAUCCAGCGUGCUACUGCUGAAAACACCGAAUUGCAUAAGAAGGUGGCUAGCGUGCAAUCAGAAAUGGAACAUCUUCAGGAAUCUGUAGCUGCCGCUUCCAGAGAUGCAGAACUCAAGGCCCAGCAAAUCGAGAUUUAG